UGACGUAUAAUCUAGUGGACGGGACACCUCUUCGACAACGACAGCUAAUCAGUCACUUAGAUAGCUUGCUAGCCAACAAAUACGAACAUAUUUGAGCUAUUUAGACGUUUUCGGUGUAUAUUAAUCACUGUGUUUUAAACACACGUCUGUCGUAUCUACUAGUUACCCAUCCCAGCUUCAUAUUUACGUUGUCGGGUUGCUAACUGGUUAAAUUAGCAUUAGGCUAGUAGCUUAUGCUAACUAUCUAAAUUGGCUUUCUUAAUAACAUUCCGCACCAUGAGCUCACUAAACUACUCUCCCCCUGCAAAAGAAGAGGACGUCUGCUGGACCGAGAAACAGGGUCUGUGGCUUAAUAUUGUCGUGAAAGAAGAGGAGGAAGAGAAGGAUGUCACAGUGAAAGGCGAUGAAGAAGCUUCCAGAGUGAAAGCUGAGGAUCAGGAAGAGAUUACUGUCACAACGAAAGAGGACGAGGAAGAAGAGUAUGAGACUGGAGAUAUGAUUAACACCACAGAGAGACCAGACUUGGCAGAGGAACCAGAGCCAGAGACUUCCGAACCAGCAAGACGACAUCACUGUUCCUACUGUGGAAAGAGCUUUAACCAGUUAGGGGACCUAAAGAAACACGAGAGGAUACAUACAGGAGAGAAGCCUCACAAAUGCUCCCAGUGUGGACAGUGUUUUACCUGGUUACAGAAUCUAAAACAACAUCAAAUAAUACACACAGGCGAGAAGCCUUACCAAUGCUCUCAGUGUGAAAAGGCUUUUACCCGGUUAGCACAUCUGAAAGAACAUAAAAUAGUACACACGGGAGAAAAACCUUUCCACUGCUCUCAGUGUGAAAAGCGAUUUACCAAGUUAGGGAUCCUAAAACAGCACGAGAAGACGCACACCGAAGAAAAGCCCUACCAUUGCUCUCAGUGUGGAAAAAUAUUUUCCUUAGCAAAGUACCUGAAAGAGCAUGAAAAAAUACAUACAGGAGAAAAACCUGGAGAGAAGCUUUUUCUCUGCUCCCUGUGCGGAAAGAGUUUUACCCAGUCAACCCACCUGAAAUCCCACACAAGAACACACACGGGGGAGAAGCCUUAUCAAUGCUCCGUUUGUGGGAAGAGUUUUUCUCAAUCAAGUUGUCUGAAAAAACAUAAGAGAAUACACACCGGAGAGAAGCCUUACCACUGCUCCCUGUGCGGAAAGAAUUUUACCCGGUUAGAUUACCUGAAAUCACAUAACAGAACACACACAGUUGAGAAGCCUUUACACACAGUUGAGAAGCCUUUACACACAGUUGAGAAGCCUUUACACACAGUUGAGAAGCCUUUACACACAGUAGAGAUGCCUUUACACACAGUAGAGAUGCCUUUAAACACAGGAGAGAUGCCUUUAAACACAGGAGAGAAGUCCUCAUUGUAAAUAAGAUUUUUUUUCUUAAUUAACUUGCCUGGUAAAAAAAGAUAUGAAUAUGAAGAAUGUAGUAAUGUCUAGUAAUGUCUAGUAAUGUCUAGUAAUGUCUAGUAAUGUCUAGUAAUCUAGUAAUGUCUAGUAAUGUCUAGUAAUGUCUAGUAAUGUCUAGUAAUGUCUAGUAAUGUAGUUCAGUGAUGUUCAGAAUGAACCGUUUAUAUACUGUUUAUGCCAUUUGAUGAAAGUGUAGUUUGUAUUUUUUUUUUUAAAUCUCAAGACAUUGAAUAUGAAAUACAUUGUUUUGAUUGUAGACUUCCAAUAUGUCAGUUUGAAUGUGUAUGCUCUCUGCGAUUACAUGGUCGUGUUUCAA